AUGUUCCCUUCGUCAGCGGCGAUGCUGAAGAAUCUGCAACAGAGUGCAAUGACCUCGCCUUUCUUGAUGGAGAACCUGCUCCAGAGCAAGGCGUCGCCGGGUGCCGCCGAUCUGACCAGCCUGACCUUGAACUGGGCAGCGAGUCUAGUAGCUAGACAACGGGAACGCGAGUGCGAGGCGAAUCUAAGGAUCACCAGGGAGAAGCUAUCCAGUCAGGAACACAUGGAUCAACGCGGUGUACGCGGGCCGGAUCGAGGGAAUCCGAUGAUCGACUGUCGGGAUCAUCAGAGAGCGAGGAUCGAACGUCAGAACGAACGUAUGCAGAUCCUACGGGAGAAGGAGGGCUUAAUGGAGAGGGGUCAGAUCGCGUACGUGGACGUCGAGAACGAGAGGGUCGAGGGCCACGGGAUCGUCGAUCGUCUGUGCGCGAUGGAGAGGCUCUGCAACGAGAGGAUCGAGAACAGAUCCAGCUCAGGGAUGGAUUCGUGCAAUUCGAACGCGGACGAGGAUCCAAAUGGUGUCGAGAUCGAGGCCGGUGGUCUUCAUGGGGACAAAGAGGAGUCGAUCCAUGGUGGCGAACACCAUGUCACUGUGCAUCAGGACAGACGGUACGACCUUGGCUGCAGAAACGUCAUUCACACGGCCGUCGACGAGAUCACGAUUCAGGAGAGGGAGACGACGACGGUGGCGGUCGAGCGUGUCGCGGACAGGAUAGCCGAGAGGACGACCGCCUGUUCCUGCGGCGAUGAGCAGUGCUUAGGACCUGGGUGCAGGACGCUGCAGGAGAAGGAGAAGCCGCAGCUCAAGUUCAGCGUAAACGCUAUACUGGGCGGCAAUCAUGACAGGCGACCGCAUUCUGAGAAUUUUCAAAGUCUUCCGCCGGAGGCGAUACCAGCGUUCCUCCAGAACCUGCAGAAUUCAGCGGGUUACAACAUAGCGAAACCGAUCGCCAGACCGGCAGCCUAUCAUCCCUACCACAGGCCGAGUCAUCAGCCACCUCAGCGUCAUUUACCCCCUAACGCACACCAUACGCUUCAGCAAUUGUUCUACAGAGGACCUUAUAUAACCGUUGCUGGUUCCGGGACUGGAGGUCAUCAUCCAGGUGCGCCAGGGGGCGGAACAGCGUUCCCAGGCGCGAUCCAAGGCGGUUUGGGCGACUUCGCCGGAACAGGUCUGGUGUUCCCAUGGGCGACGAACGCGCGGGGCAAGCCACGCAGGGGGAUGAUGCGUAGGGCGGUUUUCUCUGAUCUUCAGAGACGUGGCCUUGAGAAGAGGUUUCAGAUACAGAAGUACAUAAGCAAGCCUGAUCGCAAGAAACUCGCCGAGAAGCUCGGCCUGAAGGACUCUCAGGUGAAGAUCUGGUUCCAAAAUCGCCGAAUGAAAUGGAGGAACAGCAAGGAAAGGGAACUGUUGGCGACCGGUGGUUCACGGGAGCAAACCUUGCCGAACAAAAACAACCCGAAUCCAGAUUUAAGCGACGCUGACGGGGACAGACCGAGGAUGGAUUUGAGCGACGUCAGCCCCCUGACAAGUCCCCAACGACCGGAAGAGCAAACGGAGAACGAGGAGGACGAGGAGAUCAACGUCACGUGA